AUGAAUCACAAAGCUUUUCGGCUUGACGUCCUAGGUGUAAUGAUAAUGCGAUCCUAUCCACAUCCGAAUAUUGUGGAAAUGUUUGCCAGUCACCUGAUUAAAGAUGAACUUUGGGUGGUUAUGGAAUAUUUGGAAGGUGGUGCACUCACGCGAAUUGUGGCUCGAACAUUGAUGUCUGAACAGCAAAUGGCCACAGUUUGUCGUGCUGUUCUCAAAGCACUGGCUUUCCUACAUGACCAUGGGAUCAUUCACCGGGAUGUAAAAUCAGACUCGAUUCUCCUUUCAAUCAAUGGUCACGUGAAACUGUCGGAUUUCGGAUUCUGUGCUCAAAUUACUCCAGAGAUACCUCGGCGGCGUAGCCUGGUUGGUACUCCCUAUUGGAUGUCUCCAGAGGUGAUCAGCCGAAAGCCAUAUGGGACUGCAGUGGAUGUUUGGUCUAUGGGCGUCUUACUCAUUGAAAUGGUUGAUGGAGAACCGACCUAUUUCAACGAACCUCCGCUCCGAGUAAUGCGUCGUAUUCAGGAGGACGCGGUACCCCAUCUGGCCAACCCACACAAGUUCAAACGUUAG